AUGAAUAAUUCAACUCCUUGGAUUCCUUUUUUCCAACAAAGUAUAAAGAUUUUCCAAGAGAUUAACACUCACUUGACUUUUUUAUCGUCGCAUUCACGUAGUGUCGUGCCGUCAUUAGACUUAUUACAGAAAUUGAAUAGUUCCAUAACACCCUUGGACCUAGCUGUAAUUAAAUACUUAUUUCCUGAAGAUGAGAUAUUUUUUGAUUAUGUUGAUGAAAACCAAAUAAUGUUGUCCUUUAUUGAGGAAGUAAAAGUAGAUCAGAGUGGAUAUCAUCAAACACCAAUUGCUGAUAAGUAUGAUGAACAGACGCGUCAUUCAAAGCAAAUAUUAAUUUUCUCCUUUCAAGAUGCCAAGGUGCAUGGAAUAGGGAAAAUGAAAAAGUCAAAUAACAGGAAAAGGCUAAAAAAUGAUUCAGGAGAUUAUAAAUCCGAUCAAAGAAGUGGACUUUUUUUAGGCGAUAAUAGAUUUCUGUUGCAACCUUUAACUCAAUCUCAAUUAAGUAGCAUGAUAAGAAGCAGAAAUGACAAAUUCAUCCUAUUGUUGGAAAGAUUUGUUGACAAAUACGAAAACCAAGAAAAAGCGAAAAAGAGCCUUUUGAAGAAAGCAGCUGAACUGAUUCCUCAAGAACCUGAUUUACAAGAUAUGGUGGAGGUGUUGCAAGAAAAGAAAAGUGUUACUACAGAUUCUGGCCACAAUUUUUCCACAGACGAAAUGAUUCAGAUACUUGAAAAUUCAAAAUUUUACUGCGACCAAAUAGCAUCAACACAAUUACUAAACAGGAAUCGUCCUGCGGAUUUUAGGAAGCUAACGACUGAAACCUUUCUGUAUGUGCAUCCUGAUCUUAAGGACGCAUUACUUAAAACCAAAAAUAUAUGCUUAGAAGACGGGUUGUAUUCACACCAGGCAGGAGCUUUGGAAACAUUAUUGAACCCUGCGAACAAGUCUCAUGUUAUAGUAAGCACUCUGACAGCAUCUGGGAAAUCUUUAAUUUACCAAAUUCCAGUUUUAAAUUCUAUUUUAUGGGAUAUUUCUAGUGGAUUGAAGGGAAGACACACUACUGCUUUCUUUAUUUUCCCCACAAAGGCUUUAGCGCAAGACCAAAUAAGACAUUUUCGAGAGUUUUUAAAGAACUUACCAACUGCAUCAAGUCGGCCAAUUAUCGUCAACACAUACGAUGGAGAUACACCUUUCAAAGAAAGAGACAAAAUCUCGAAAGAAUCCGAUAUAAUCUUUACCAAUCCCGAUACAAUACACGCGUCUAUUCUUCCUAACCAUAGCUUUAACAACUGGAAGGAAUUUCUUGGUGCAUUGAAAUUUGUCGUUAUGGAUGAAUUGCAUGUAUAUAAAGGCACUUUUGGGGUCAAUGUUGGCUUUGUUAUGGGACGACUAUCAAGAAUGAAAAAUUUGCUACUGAGAGACGACUCUAUUCAAUACAUUUCUUGUUCGGCAACAAUUCAUAAUCCUGUAUCUCAUUUUAGAACUGUUUGCUCAUUGCCAGAAAAUGAAUUAAUAGUUCAUGUCGACCAAGAUGGUAGUCCAUGUUGCGAAAAAAAAUUGAUAGUUUGGAAUCCGCCACCAUUGAUGAACCAACGUGGACAAAAGGAAGACACAGUUGAUAAAUAUGUUCCUCGAGUGGGUAUGAUUUCAGAGCUGGCUAAAUUGCUAGUAAAUUUGGUAACUGCGAAUGACAGCUUGAAAAUAAUAGUCUUUUGCCCUAUAAGGGUUGUGUGUGAAAUGUUGAUGAAAGAAGUGCGUCAUUUGUUACAAAAUUCAUUUAAAAAUUCUGGAAUAACUCAGAGUGAUAUUAUGGCUUACAGAGGAGGGUACAGUAAGAGUGACAGAAGGAUCAUUGAACAGAAAAUGUUUAGUGGGCAACUCCGAGCUAUUGUGGCAACCAACGCUUUGGAAUUGGGCAUUGAUUUGUCUCAUUUGGAUGUCGUCAUUACUUGUGGAUUUCCUAUGCUGAAACUGAAUCUACAUCAACAGUUUGGACGAGCUGGCCGAAGAAAGAAUGCAAAUGGUAGUUUGGCAAUAUUCGUUCCCGGCAAAAAUCCAAUAGACCAAUACUAUUUAGAAAACCCACAUGAGUUAUUAGGGAACGAUUACGAAGAUCUCUGUGUACUGGGGGUUAGAGAUAUGGAAUGUGGUAAAAUGAUUCUAGAAAGACAUUUACAGUGUGCUGCCUAUGAAGAACCUAUUGAACUAGAUGAUAUAAAAUGGCUUAUGCCUGGUGGUUCCAAAAAGGACUUUGAAGAUGUUUUGAAAACCAAUUUGAUUUUGGACAUUGAUGGGAAAUUCAAAACUAAUCCAAAGUAUUACCCAAAGCCUCACAAGGUUGUGCUGAUACGGGCAGUUGAAGAACCUGCAUUUGCAGUUGUUGACAUCACCAACAACAGAAACAUAAUCAUUGAAGAAAUAGAGUUUCUGAGAACAACAUUCACAUUGUAUGAGGGUGGAAUAUUCCUUCACCAGGGACAACCCUACCUUGUCAAAGAGUUUAACGACAAAGAAUUUUAUGCAAAAGUGGAAAGAGUCAAUGUUGAUUGGACAACACUGCAGAGAGAUUAUACUGAUGUUGAUCCAGAAGAAGUCGAAUUUGUGAAACCACUCUAUCCUAUUGAUGCCCCAAAGGCUUUGGAUAUACCAGUUUUUUCUGGAAAGGUUAAAAUCACCAUGAAGGUAUUUGGGUUUUUUAAAGUGAAUAGGCGUGAGGAAAUACUAGAAGUGGUUGAAGUGAAAAACCCUCCUGUAAUAGCUUUUUCGAAAGGGUUCUGGUUGAAUGUUCCGCAAGAGACUUUGGAAAUUGUAAAGGAAAAGAAGCUUUCACCUGCUGGUGGAAUCCAUGCGGCUUCUCAUGCUAUUAUGAAUAUGCUACCUGUUUAUAUCAAUGGAGCGUCAGAAAAUGGUAGACAAACUGCUGAUACGGAAUUAUCAACUGAGUGUAAAUCACCAGCAAAAGAGUUUUCAACAAGGCAGAGCCACAGAGUAAGACCUGCAAGGUUGGUUUUUUAUGACACUAAAGGAGGACCAAGUGGAACCGGUUUAUCUUACAAGUGUUUUGAGUGCAUAGACGAAGUAAUCAGGGCCACUUUCACGCGUGUCAAAAACUGUAAGUGCGUGUGGGGUUGUCCCUUAUGUGUGGUUUCCAGUGCAUGCAAGGAACAAAUGAGAGUGCUGUCACGACCAGCUGCGUUGUUGAUUUUGGCAUCAUUUCUAGGAAUGAAUUUAUCUCAGCUCAAAGAUGAUUUGCCUAUAGGUCCAGAACCGGACAUUCCAGAAUUGGAAACAGAGACUAUAAUGUAUGCGAAUGCAACUGUUCGAUUUUCACCAAAUGUUCAGAUUUUAAAUGUUCUACGUAGACGUACUUAG